AUGGCGGAAAUGACGAGAGAGGUAUUGGUUGCCGCCUGCAAAGGCAAUGGUGGAUAUGCGGCACCGCGCCUCAAUGACCAAUUAUUCCUUCAAUGUCGAGGAUUUCUACGCAUUGAAAACUUAGAUGAUUAUGUAAACUUAAAAGUUCUCUGGCUGGAGCAAAAUGCUAUAUCUGAGCUUACUGGAUUAGAGGCAUUACAACAGCUUGUCUCACUUUUUGUUCAGAAUAAUACUAUUACAUCAAUUUCUUCCCUCGCCGUUUUGGGUAAUCUACGUGUAAUUAAUUUAUCUCACAACUACUUGACUUCACUUGAGGGUAUUGCAAAUGCAUGCCCCCUUUUAGAGACUCUUCAGGUAUCACAUAAUCACAUUGGUAGCUUAGAUGCUUGCAGCGAUUUAUGGGGUAUUAGUGAGACAUUAACAAGUGUAGAUCUUUCCUUUAAUAAGAUAGAGAUAGAUGAGGACCAUGUUGGCCCAGUAGAGUUCUUUACGCGGUUACCAAAAGUGAGUGUCAUCUAUUUUCAUGGUAACCCCGCUAUUCGUGGAAUUAAGGGAUACAGACGCAACAUGAUUCUCCAACUUCCUCAGCUAACUUACUUGGAUGAACGUCCCGUCUUUACAGAAGAGCGCCGUGUUGUAGAAGCGUGGGGCGAAGGGGGUGAAAAAGCUGAGGCUCAAGAGAGAGAAGCGAUAAGAAGGGAGAAAAAGGAACAUUUAGAGAGCUGUGUUAAAGUUUUGACAGAUCGUAUGGAUGAAAACCGUGAGGUUCGCGAUCGAUUGACAAAAGAAUGGGAAUUGAGGCGUGCUGCAGAGAUGGAACGACUGCGGGAAUUACGACGUGAAUGGCGUGUCCAACAGGAAGAACUAAUUUCUACAGAGGAGCGUAUGCGGGACGUUGUUUGCGCCAGCGAGUCAACUGCGUGGUGUGAAAUUGAAGGAGUGUUCCACGUUGCCCACGAACACGAAUUAGUAGUGGCAGCGGCGCAGCGUGAGAUUGAAAUUGAGAAUAUGAAUGAAAUAGAGGAAAGUGAGAAUGAAAAUGAAGAAAACAAGGAGAACGGUGGGUCAACCAUGUGUGGGCCGUUGCUCUCCGAUGAGGAUGUAUUGCGGGAAAUGGAGGAGGAGAUAAGGCGCGUGCUGGAUCCCUUCAGCGAGGACCCACGUUUCAACCAAACUGCAUUGAAGAUGGAACGCGCCGUAGCCGCUGUCGCAUCACGUCUACGUGAAGAAAAAGAAUCUUCAAUGAAGUCGAGGGAGAUUAUGUGGGAAAAGUUUGCCCAGUGGGAUUGUCGUGCAAAGCAAUGA